AUGCUCAGCACGAUCCCAACCCCCGAUCGGCAAACCAUCUCCUCUGCCACCGGCACCCUUUCCUUCAUCAUUUGGCUUUUCGCACAAUCCCCCCAAUUAUACGAGAACUAUCGUCGGGGCUCCAUUGACGGCUUAUCCUCCGUGUUUCUCACACAAUGGAUGCUCGGUGACGCCACUAAUCUUCUCGGGUGCAUCUUGACCCAACAGCUUCCAUUCCAGAUUGCUGUAGCCACCUACUUUUGCUGCAUCGACGUGUGCAUCAUGCUCCAAUACGCUUACUACUGGAACAAAGCAACGAGGCAAAGGAAGAGGGGUAGGCACAGCAGAAGGCAGAGUUUGACAUAUGCAAGUAACCCUUACUCUGUUCUUAGCGAGACAAGCGAACUGUUGCCCGGAAGAAGAGGAGUGCUGAGAAGUGCAAGUCAAAGGAGAAGCUUGAGUCAUAGUCAGCAGUUGUUGAGUAGGGAUAUGGUUGCGGAUGGUGCAAAGCAUCACUCCAGAUCGAGACAUCGCCCACCGCAACCAUCGCUGAGUAGGACUGGAUCGAGUGAUACAGUUGCCGCAUUAGCAAAUUAUAGGGCACUAUCGGAUGCUGCGUUGUCCGUGGCACAGUUAGCACAAGAGGUGGCGAGGAGGAGAGAAGCGAUCUUGCAUCGAGCUGAAGGAGGCCAAGAGGACCACUUCUCACAUAGGAAGGGGAGUAGGAGCAAGUCGAGGACGGCGUCUUCUCCUAAUCAUAGUCUGCCGGCGUCUAGGUCAAGGUCGAGAGUGAAUAGCGGGGAGUUGGAACGGGUGGAUCUUGCUGCGAUUGAGCAAGUGGAGAGUGCGGGUAGAGGAAGGGCGAAGAGCGGAUCUAGAUCGAUGAGUGCAAGGAGGAAAGGCUUAGGUGGGGGGAGUAGGGAGUUUGUUCCUUCUGCGUUGAGUCCUACUCGCGAGCAAGCGUCGACCAUGCUGAAUGAACAAGACGAGACAGAGGGCGAGGGAGAAUCGAGUUCUGAAGCAGACUCCAACGCUCCGAUGGUGGACAGCGUAGCCAGCUUAGCAGCCACUACCAACACGAGCAGCAGUACGGAAGCUAGCACCGAGAGUCUGGUGUUGGAACCGAGGGGUAGGGAUAUGGUCAGGACAGCAACGAGGAUCGAGAGUGAAUCUGCGGUAAAUACGCCUGGAGGAGUGAGAAGGGAGGCAACUUUGUCUCCAUCCUCGGUAGGUUCUUCGGAUGGAACUGCGAGACAUGCUUCUCCUCAACCAGCGGCGGGUAUGUCGAGGUCUCAUCACCAGCUUGGACAGUCACAUCCCGACAGCGACGAGGACGAGGAGGAAAAGAUGAAAAAUGUGGCAAGGAGAAAAGGAAAACGAUCGAUGAGAGAAGUCUCUCCUUCUGCGAUGUAUCGGUCUAUCGACGCCCUUGUUUCCACCAACGAUAAGGAAAGAUAUGGGAGUAGGAAACGAACGAUGACACGCAGUUCUUCGUCCCGUUCGCACUCCAAAAGACUAGCUACAAGCCAACUCGUUGGAAUGACUUGGUCGACUUCCACCGCAACUACCGCAGCGGCAGCAGGGGGAAAGAAGAGGGCAGGCACCAAAUCACCCGCAUCGAUGCGUCGAUCCAUCGGAAUGGUUCUACUCGGAAUAAUGCUUCUCUCCUUCCCGCCCACUCUUUCCUCCCCUACACCAACUUAUACCCACACCCUCACCUCCAACUCACCAUUAUCUCUACUGUCACUGCUAGACGAUGGCAGUGUAGCAUCAUGGAAUAGACUCAUCGGCCGGAUCAGCGCUUGGUUAUGCGCUUUACUCUACAUCACCUCGCGCAUUCCGCAGAUCUGGGAAAAUCAUAUCCGUCGUAGCGUAGCAGGACUGAGCAUUUUACUCUUCAUCGCCGCAUUCGCUGGGAAUCUUUUGUACACCAUUUCAGUACUAAGCAAUCCAGAGGCGGUGGGUAAAGGUGCAAGAGUGUAUUUGCAGGAAAGUCUGCCGUUCUUACUGGGGUCAGGUGGAACUUUGGUGUUUGAUCUGAUUAUUGUCGCUCAGUGGUUUGCUUGGCGCAAGAACGAGUGA